AUGCCAGAAUAUGACUUCCUCUUCCCAGACGGACCUCACAACGCCGAUGUCGCUUCCAUCAUGGAUAUGACCAAACCGGAAAAUCAGGACUGGACAAAACUCGUCAAUGAACUCUCGACUUCUGGGCAUAAGGCGUGGUGGUUCGCUCGCGACGGAAACUGGCAGAACGUAGAUGGCGGCUAUGUUGGACUCGAGGAGAGCUUGGACUUCGUUGGAUCCUACAUGAAAGAAAAGGGACCCAUUCACGCAAUAUGGGGGUUCAGUCAAGGUGCUUGCUUUGCUGGCAUGCUUUGUGCUCUGUUGCAAGGGAAGCUUUCCAAUCACCCGCUUCGAAAGCAUUUGCCUCCAGCACUACCCACUCCAAUCGCUAGUGUGGUGUUCUCGGGCUUUCGAGCACGAUUUCCUCAGUACGACAGCAUAUAUGAGCCUGGUAUCGAUGUGCCGAUGCUUCAUGUGAUGGGUCAGGAUGAUCCUCUGGUCAAUAGCGAGAGAAGUGAGACGUUAAUCAAGAUUUUUGAAACACGAUGGCGGGCAUAA